UACAAUAGCAUCACCUAACGAUGCUUCCCUUCUUUGUUUUGUACGAAACUAAUAUUUUUGUCCGAAUGUAAAGUGAAAAUUAUAAUUGUUAGUAAAAAUUUUUUUUUACAUCUAUUUAGUGAAAUAAUAUAAUUUUAAUUGUGUAACUGACUACAAAAUGUUGAAUCAAGCAGUUGUAGAAGCUCUUUAUUCAGCAGGUUACGUUGAUAAUUAUCUUGAUUGCGUUGAAAAUUUUCCAAAUGAUGUUCAAAGACAUGUUUCACGUCUACGAGAAUUAGAUUCCACAUGUCAAACGUACUUGCGAGAAGUUGAUCAACAACAAGAAAUGUUAACUAAAAAUGAUACGGAUGUAGUAAGUAGACGGCGAGCUCUUGCACGAGUCCAGCAAGCCCUUAUUGCAGCUCAAGAAAUUGGCGAUGAAAAACUCCAAAUUGUUCAACAAAUUCAAGAUCUUAUAGAGAACAAGACACGUCAACUUGAUCUCGACUAUCGUAAUCUAGAUUUUGGUAAAGAGCAAGAAACCAAUGAACCAAAAUGUGAAGCAAAUACUAAUACAAAUUCAAAUGCAUCAAAUAAUUCAAAUAAUGUUGAACGCCAGCCAAAACGAGCACGUAGAACUAGAACUGAAGCUCUUGUUGAAUCAGCACAUGCUAUGGAUAUGAUUGCAUUGUCCGAAAGCCGAUCAACAACUUUGGCAAAUACAAGUAAUGGGAAUCAAAAGAAAACAGCAGCUGCUGCAACAGGCAAAAAGAAAAAACGAAAGGCCCGUCAAGGUAAUCAACAGAAUCAGCAUCGUGAAGAUACUCCACCACCACCAGAUGAUGACAUAGCCAUAGAUCCUGAUGAACCGACAUAUUGUUUAUGUGAUCAAAUAUCUUACGGUGAAAUGAUUCUCUGUGACAAUGAUUUAUGUCCAAUCGAGUGGUUCCACUUUUCCUGUGUCUCGUUAAGUACGAAACCUAAAGGCAAAUGGUUUUGUCCAAAGUGUCGAGGUGAUCGGCCAAAUGUAAUGAAACCUAAAGGACAAUUUCUCAAAGAAUUAGAACGGUACAACAAGGAAAAAGAAGAAAAAUCGUAGCAGAAUUUAAAUAAGAAAAAAAAAUUUUUAAAAUAAAAACAUUUAUAUACAAAUAUAUAUAAUUAUUACUAUUACACUGAGUUAAUAAUUCCAGUGGAAUAAAAUAAUAGUGAGAAUAUUUUUAAUAUAUUCUAAAGCAUUCGAUUAAAUUUAAAUUGAGAUUCAGACUUAAUUAUUAAUUUUUUGAAAUAUUUUAUUUGAAUCAAAGAAAAUUUAUUUGUAAUUUGAAUAAUUGUAAGAUAACAGUAUUAAAAAAUAUGGGUUU